CCUUAGCUCUCGCGAGGUUUCGUCUUCCGGGAGCGCUGGAGGACGUUCCCUGCUCACCUCGUCGCGAUGUGUGGGGACUGUGUGGAGAAGGAAUAUCCCAACCGGAUUUUUGCCAUGGGUGCACGUGUUCACAGGACAGCGACAGAUAAAGGUAACACCUGCUUGGAGAAUGGAUCUUUCUUGCUGAACUUUACAGGCUGUGCAGUGUGUAAUAAGCGAGAUUUUAUGCUGAUCACAAACAAAUCCUUGAAAGAAGAAGAUGGGGAAGAAAUAAUAACCUACGAUCAUCUGUGUAAGAAUUGUCAUCAUGUAAUAGCCAGGCAUGAGUAUACGUUCAGUAUCAUGGAUGAAUUUCAGGAAUAUACCAUGCUGUGUCUGUUAUGUGGCAAAGCUGAAGAUACGAUCAGUAUCCUCCCUGAUGACCCCCGACAGAUGACACUGUUAUUCUAAGGAUCUUUCUGCAGUUGGGUUGUAACUGUGUUGGAUUGGUUUACAAUACAACAAGCUGGGUGGUUUGACCUACUUAAUUUAUAAUGGAAAUACUUUGCAUUUUUUUCUGCCUAGACUUACUGAAAGAAAAAGUAAUUUAAGGGAUUGUUAUUCUCUAGAGCUGACCUCUUCUGAUAAUGCUCUCAGUUCACAUCAGUACAGCCAGCCAGAGUGAUACACCUUUGUUAGCAGUUAUGUGGCCAGAAAAUAACUAGAAUGGAAGCCCCAAUCUUGGUUUUCAAUGAAGGAACCAGGACUCCUUGGAAAGCUUUACUGCUGAUUCUAGGACUGGGGCAAGAAACGUACAAGAUGAGCCCGGAGCAUCUUGUGCUACAAAAAAACAAUGAUUGAGGGUAUGUCAGAGAAGCAGGAACCAACUGAGGGAGCUACUAGUGACCAAAGCUGGAAUUAUUUGGGCAACAAAAUAAAGUAGUAUUAUAUUAUAA